AUGGAGGGCUUCACAGGGGGAGAUGAGUACCAGAAGCAUUUCAUGCCCAGGGACUACCUGCACACUUACUACAGCUUCGAGGCAGGUCCCUCGCCUGAGGUGGAGAUGCUCAAGUUCAACCUGGAAUGUCUCCACAAGACCUUCCGCCCGGGGGGCCUCCACGGGGACACGCUGAUUGACAUCGGCUCCGGCCCCACUAUCUACCAACUGCUGGCCGCCUGCGAGGCCUUCGGGGACAUCACUAUGUCUGACUUCACCGACCGCAACCGGGAGGAGCUGCACAAGUGGCUGAAGCAGGAGCCGGGGGCCUACGACUGGACGCCCGCGCUGAAGCUUGCCUGUGAGCUGGAGGGCAACAGAGACCGGUGGCAAGAGAAAGCAGCGAAGCUGCGGGCUGUGGUGAAGCGGGUGCUGAAGUGUGAUGCCAACCUGGGCAACCCGCUGGACCCCGUGGUGCUGCCCCCGGCCGACUGCGUGCUCAGCCUGCUGGCCAUGGAGUGCGCCUGCUGCAGCCUGGACGCCUACCGCGCGGGGCUCGCCAACCUGGCCUCGCUGCUCAAGCCCGGGGGCCACCUGGUGACCAGCGUCACGCUCGGGCUCUCGUCCUACAUGGUGGGGAAGCGGGAAUUCUCCUGCGUGGCCCUGGAGAAGGAGGAGGUGGAGCAGGCCGUCCUGGCCGCUGGCUUGGAGAUCGAGCAGCUCCUGCACAGCCCCAAGAGCUACACGGCCGCCAGCGCAGCCAACACGGGCAUCUGCUUCAUUGUGGCCCGCAAGAAGCUGGGGCCCUGAGCCGCAGGCCCAGCGCCUCCCCAACCCUGUGCGGGGUGGGAGAGGAGGAGGGUAGGCGCAGGGGCCUUGCUUUCCCCACUAACUCCCUCUUCUGAAAGCCUGAGAUUUUAACAUGCCGCUUUAGCAGACCAUUCGCACCAUCCUAGUUCCCGGAGCCCUGGAAGAGUCCAUCUGCUAAUAUGUCCCCUCAGCCCCUCUCCUGGCCCGAAGGCUGGCGCAGGACAUGGACUCAGAGUUCGAUCCCAGAACAGAGUCGGAAAGCUCCUACCCCAGAGUCUCCCCAUCCAUCUUGGGUUCCCCAUUAUUGUGGUUUUGGCCCUCCUGGAAUAUCCGGGGGCCCAUGCAGGUAGCCUUUGGCCCUUUGUGGGGUGUUGGGACAUGUUUCACCAGCAGGGAAACAUGUUUCUUUCUUUUUCUUCCACAAAGAGAAGGAUGGAAGGAGGCGUGGAGGGAUGCCGUGUGGCAGUCCCUGAUUUUCAAGAUGUGAGCACACCUGCCAGGGUUGACUCCAAGCUUGAGAGCUGGCUCCCGGUAUUCCCCAGCCUUUCACAGUUUCCUCUCGCCAGCCCACACCGGCCGAGAGCAUGGCUGAUGGUCUAGAGAUGUCCAGUUAAGGGAAUUCAGAUGAACAAGACUGUUCUACAAUUUGAGGCAUAUGCCCCCCCGCAAAUUGCGCAAACAUGCUCAUCCCAAAAUGCAGAUUUCAUCUUUGAUCUGGUCCAUUUCCUCUGCUCUGGACCGUGUCCCCCAGCCCUGUGGAGAGAGGCCCAGGGGGGAGUCGGCCUGAGUGGACUUAAGGCGCGUUCACCUUCCCUCGUGUCUCAGCAAGGGUCCCCCAAAGGAGUAAGUAGGGAAAAGGGCUCUCUGCAGACCAACUGGGACAGUGCCUUCCCAGGCUGCUGUGGUUCUGCCUUUGCGCCCCUCAGCUUCCUGUAUUCCUUCAGUCCCUCCUGAAGAGUUCACACUGGACUCUGGCCCUGUAGUCACUGGGGGCCUGCCUCCAGCCUCAGCCAGCUGGGCUGAGGGCUCCCAGACAAGUCAGUUCCCGCCUCUGGGCCGCACAUUUCCUGUCCGAGAAGCAGGGCCAAGGGACCUAAUCCAAUCAUCUAAUCAUCUUCCAGGAGCAGGGAAUCAUUGAUGCAAAGUGCUUUGCCAAUCAAAGACCUUGCAGAAAGUCUCUAUGGAUGUCACAUCUCCCCAGAGCUGGAGCAGCCAUGGCAGAAUCUAGUCUCAUCCCUUUGCUUGAGUAGGAAGCUUCGUCAGGAAGUUUUGUUUUGCUUUGUCAGGAAGCGGAGGCCCAGAGAGAGCAAGCAAUUUGCCCAGAGACACACAGUGAGAUGGUGUCAGAGCUGGAGUGAGCACAGGGACCUCACACUCCUGACCAGUGGGCCCUCCACUCCACUGGCUACCCUCACUUGAAAGGGCACAGAAGCUGCUCUUUGCUGUAGGUCGCUCCCAGCCCAGGUGUGUACCAGCAAGGCAGGCUGAGCCAGAGAGGCCGAAGCUCCCUCUAAAUGGGCUGGUCUCACCAAGCCCUGUUUGGACUCAUCUGGAUCAGCACUGCGCUGGAGAAAGCUUUGGAAAUGGAUGUGGUGGGAAGGUCAAGAGACAGAGAGAGGUGGGUGGUCAGCAGACACAGGGACACAGAGACCCAUAGCCAGGAAGAGGACUGACAAAGGGGAUCUUGGCAAGCCCAAGGUUUGGACAUAUUUGAAGUUUCACAGCAGCCGAAGGAGUAUGUGUGCAUGUGUGUGAGGGGGUGGGUGCAGGGAAGGUGCUUCCUGCAAAGGGAUUUGCCAAUCAAAGACCUUGUAGAAAGUCUCUAUGGAUGUCACAUCUUCCCAGAGCUGGAGCGGCCAUGGCAGAAUCUAGUCUCAUCCCUUUGCUUGCCAAUCAAAGUGCUUGGCAGGGGAGAUCAUGAAGAGAAGAGAAGAGACCUACAAAUGUAGGGUCUGAGCACAGUGGGUAGGCUAUUUGCCUUGCAUGCGGCCACCCAGGGUUCAUUCCAGCCUCGGCGCCCCAAAUGGUCCCCUGAGCAGUGCCAGGAGUAAUUCCUGAGUGCAGAGCCAGGAGGAAGCCCUGAGCACUGCCGACUGUGGCCCCAAAACCAACCAAACCAACAAAGCUAGAUAAAUGCACUGCCCAUCGUGCCAGGUGCCGAGGAGCUGUGCGGGCAUCCUGGCAACACGGAGGACCUGGUUCUGUUGGCAGCCCAGCAGGAGCGCCCCCUGCUGCUGGGAGGUGGGUGCGGAAGUGGGGAACCAUGCACUUGAGAUGUGGGUCAUUGUUUGACUGGGCCGUGCUGGCUGGAGUCUCCAUGUUUUCGACCAGAGUCCAUGAAGAUAAACUCUGUAUGUCUUAAUAAAACCUU